CUGAAGCCGAAACCUUUUUAAUUCUCCUACCCUUAACAUCAUUCCAUAGCUGCACGAGUCAAAGUGCUCACCUUCAGACUUUUCCCCGUAGGUUCGCUUCAGAAUAGACCAGGACGGAUGCGUAGAUACGAAAGAGAUAUAAAGAGAUAGAGAGACGGCCAGGGUCGGGAUUUGGACGGGGUUGUUAAUUUGGCUUACAUUGGCGACGUAAGGGACUUGGGGAAUCGCUCGGGGAGCAGGAGGUGAACGGUCGGUCUGGAAUCUGUAGCGAUGUCGAGGCGGUCGACGACAUGGCUGCGAUUUGCGAGCUCGUGUGUGGUGGCUCUGUGCUUGCUGCAGACAGCGGCAGCUCAGAGCUGCGGGAGGGACGUCAAUAACACUCUGUGCGACAACGGGUUCUGCUGCAGUCAGUUCGGGUUCUGCGGGGUGAGCGACGCGUACUGCGGUGCCGGAUGCCAGUCGCAGUGCCCUCCUCCAUCGCCACCUCCUGGUCCUCCAGCCGUGAGCACCAGCGGCCUCGACAAGACUCUGAACCGCAGCACGUUCGAUCUCCUCUUCCCGGAUCGCAACUCCAGAUUCUACACCUACGAUGCAUUCAUCCUCGCCGGCAACAAGUUCCCCAAAUUCGGAACCGAAGGCCCGAAAGCCGUCCGCUUGAGAGAGAUCGCCGCCUUCGCCGCCCACAUUCAACAGGAAACCGCAGGACUCAUCUACAUCAGGGAAAUCGAUCAAUCCAACAGCUACUGCGAUGCCACCAGCACGCAGUGGCCCUGCGCUCCUGGACAGAAAUACUUCGGACGUGGUCCCCUGCAAAUCAGCUGGAACUACAACUAUGGGCCGGCAGGGAAGGCGCUGAAAGCAAACAUUCUCGCGCAGCCUGAUCUGGUAGCACAAGACGCCGUGCUCGCAUUCAGUUCUGCACUUUGGUUCUGGAACACCGCACGAGAGGGCGGUAUUCCUUCGAUUCACAAUGUGCUGGUGGGCAAGUAUCGCCCGACGUAUGCAGAUUUGAAGGCCGGCAGGAAGCCAGGGUUCGGAUUGACCAUUCUGAUCAUCAACGGCGGCCUCGAGUGCGGAAAGGUCACUCCCCAAGCCACCAACCGCAUCAGCUACUUCAAGGACCGCGUGGCCCUGUUGGGAACCUUCGCGGGCGACAAUCUCUCGUGCGACAAAAUGACACCUUACGGAUCUUGAGUCCAUCGCCGCCAACCGCAAUCCAAUUUGCCAAUUUCACGACUGGUUUGGUUGGUCAUCUGGAGGCAGCAGCAGCAGCAAAUGUUCAAACCUCUGCAUAAUUCAGAAUGCGGGCUACACCAUUUUAUUAAGUGAGCCACGAUAUUAACAAACUUUAGUAACUAACCGCAAAAGAAACAUUCAUCGCCGUGAAAGUAUGUAGGCACUCAUCAUCAUAUAAUAAACUUGUCAUCGUAGCUGAAUUUUACACUCUUG